GAGCCUUUGCAGCCACAGCGCAUGGUUCGCCAUGUCAGGGCUGUGGACCCGGCCGUUCCUUAUUGGGACCUGGCGCCGGUAACACCACCACCACCACCACCUACCGGGCAUCCUUUCCAAAAAAUUUCCUCUUAUCAAAAACAGCUUUCCGACGCUUGAAAGUCUUGAACUCUUCGUGAGGAGUGACGGCAUGAAUCCAAUCCCGGCCGAUACCUUCGCCAACGCUCAGAGCUUGCAUAACGUUGCCUUUGACGCCCCUUCUGAUACGAAGCUCAUCCUUCCGUGGAAGCAGCUGAAGGAAUUAUCAAUUUGCACAUUUCGCUUAUCACCGAACUACUACUUUCAAAUCUUACGUGAUGGGUCUCGUCUUGAGACACUGCGUCUUCGAUUGCGGCCAAAUUUGAGCCAGUGGACUGCCGCCAAGACUAGACUCUGCACCCAUCCUGUGACCACACUACCUUGUCUUCGAGUGCUCGAAAUUGAUUCAGAAUUGAGCUCGCUGCUUAAUUCUAUAUGUCUUCCAAAGCUCUCAUCCUUGAUUGUUUGCGGGGACGUAGAGAGUAUAGAACUCGACUUGUCCUCCUUCGUCGAAAGGUCAUGCAACAGUGUGGACAAUCUCUCAUUUUCUUUUACCCGUAUUGUGGGUGGUUUCACCCAGCUUCUCCGCAUGUUUCCUUCUCUGACAUCGCUAACCUUACGUUCCCCGACUUUCCUGGACAAAGCCUUCUUCUACGCAAUGGCACAGAAAUCGCUCCUCCCUUCCCUCGAGAAUUUCAGUAUCCACAAUGCCAACAUCACCCACGACUACAUGGUACCCAUCAUGGGUAUGUUGACCGCUCGACAGAGUUGUCUCAAACAAUUUCUCAUGACUUUGUCAUUGAGAGGAAGUCCUCGGGACUCGGAGCCGUGUAGUAUUGAUUGGUGGUUAGAACUCCCUCAGAAAUUACGGCUGGAGACAUUAUCGAACGCGGGGAUGAAUAUUCGGAUUGGAACAAGCCGUUCCCGUUUAUUUGGGAGUCCUGAGAUUUCGUACUUAAAUCUAGGAGCAGAGAAUCAAUGACAUCCGAUUCGGGAGGCUGCUCGACGGUGUUAAUGAACUUUGAUCAGAAAUAUUCAUGAUGAUAUGAUGUUAUAAAGUCGCAAUUUUGGAUAGCUAAUGCUUGGAAUGAAUGGUGUAAAAUAACGAGUAAUACAAUAGCUGAUGCAGUCUCGAUUUGGAUUCCCUCGAUGUUUGACUGUUACAGCUUGCAAGCA